AUGAUGUUCAAAUUUUUGUUCGCGGUCAUUACUAUCCUGGGUCAAUCUCAAGCCCUGGAGGUUAAAUCGCUCGUACAAUCGACUUGUCACGCAGUCAGCACGUGGGAGCAAGUGCUGAGCGGAAUAGUGGCCGCCAAAUUUUCCCGUGCUGGACACACAGAAUGGGUGUCGCUAUCGCGUGACUGUGAGUCUGAGAUGGAAGAUACACUCGCAAGCUGUCUGAAUGGUUCUGCCAUUGUCUGUAAUGACAUUGUGCUCUCGCUCGUAGGCCAAAUCCCUCCAGGGGUUGAAGUGGAGCCACAUGCAAAGAGCACAGCCGGUGAUGAUGUGGCUCAUUGGCAACGGCGGAGCGAUUGCGUCUGUGAAUCGCAUUUAAUCAACGGCGAAACCACAAAUACCAAAUGGGUGUCAUCAUGGACAAGCACACCAGAGACGGCUUGGACCACCCUGCAAAUCGCGACCACCAGCUGCGAUUUUGUCCCCAAGAAUGCUUCAAUGAGCCAGAGCAGUAAGACGAUCACGGGCGCACCUGGUAGGGAGCCCAGCCCCUCAACGGCCUUUCCACAAGGUUCUGAAACGCUCAACGAGAACGUCUGUUUGAUCAAUCACACCACGCUCUUCUCACGGAUCAACAGCGCCUGUGUGGGGCAGUUCUCCCUGAAAUCCCGCGAGCCAGUCAUCCUACUCAUCACUCUGUAUAUGAACGUCGUCUACAUUGUGAUUUUCACAUUCUUUGUCGGAUACCCGUACAUAUUCAUCGACGUGUACGACAUUUGCAUAGCCUCGCCAACAUCGUCUGGGUAG